CGGAAGUCAGACCAUAACCAUAUCCGUAGUUGUACUUAUUUUUCGCGCGUGAUUUGUUUACUUUAACUUUACUUUUUGUUGUUUACUUCUCACUAACAUUAACAAAAACACACACCGAUGAAGACACUGCUACUUCAUAUUCAUACGGUAGCACGUUAGCUUAGCUAAGCUAACCAGACCUGUAGCAGGUAACGUCAGAAAGCUAGGCUAACGUGAACGUAGCGUCAGUUAGCUGAUCUGUAGGUGAUGUGUGUUGUGUGCGGGCUCUCACAGGUUCAAGGAUAUCUGUAGUAAUGUCUCUUAGCGCCGUUCACGGGACACUGUCGAGCCUGAAGUCGUGUCAGGCAGACAUCGGGACGGGAAUGGAUAUAGUGACAGAUGUGGCUAUGGACCUGGCGGAAACGCAGGAUAAAGAUAUGAACCCUGGCAUCAAAGAGAUGGAGGCUAUGAUUCUGGAGUGUGCCAAGCUGGACAGGGAGAUUAACUACUUUGUUGACGUUGUGCAACAAGUCACAGGAGAGGUUACUACACAGCAGCCAGAGGCCAUGUUCAGCCUGUCUGCCAGAGUGAAGGAGCAGUUCACAGAGAGAAUAUCGAGAAUCUCUGACGCUGAGCUGCAGAAUCACCAGAAAGUAGUGGCCUUCAAGGACACCAUCAGUAACUCUCUCAACCAAGCUAAUCAAGAGUCAGCAGAGAACAUGGAGGAGCUCGAUGAGGACAUUGCUGUUACACAGAGCCAAGUCAACUUCACCUGUCCACUAACACAGGUGGAAAUGGUGAACCCGGUGAGGAAUAAGAAGUGUAACCACCACUAUGAUGAAGGAGCCAUACAAAACCUGAUCAAAACAAAACACAGCCAGAAAAAGAAGUGCCGCUGUCCUGUGGUAGGCUGUGGGAACACAGAUGUGAAAGAGUCAGACCUGAUUCAUGACCAGAUGCUGAGGAGAAAGAUCCAGGCCCAUAAGAGACAGGCCAACCGGACAUAAUAUAUCAUGUUUUUGUUGGCAGACUCAUUCCUCAAAAAACCGAUGCCUUGGUCGUUAUUUAUCAGCAAAGGAAUAUUGUUUUCAUCAGUGCUGGAAUUGUUAACCUAUGUUUUUAUUUUAUGUGAUUUGUACCUCGGGAAAACUUUGUCAUCCAGUUAAAUUAGAAUUUAAAAAUGAUGAAUUGUUUGUGUUCCAGCUGGAGCAUUUUCCUGAACUCCAGUCUUGUUGGAAUGUAAAUAAAAGCUGCAGACCUUUUCAUGAAUUAAAACCAUCCAAACCUGUACCUUAAA